GGCGCGCGCCGGCUGGCGGUGGGUCGAGCGAGAGGGAGGCUCGUGCUGUCAACGGCUGUCGAGCGGUGGCGGCGAUACCCGCAAAUAAUGCACGCUCGUGCUCUCUUCGACACAGAUUACAUUUGGUCAUACCAGUUUAAGAAGAAAAGUGACUUGUCUGUGAUUGCAGCUGGACCAUUAAAAGAUUCUGUCUUUACUUAGUUUUUAAUUUAAUUAUUUGCACACAAUAUUAAACGUUAAAAAUGUUUAAUUUAAUAAAAAAAGACAAAGAUAAGAAGGAAAAAAAAGAAAAGAAGGAAAAACGGGAAAAAAUGUCUAUAGCAGAAUUGAAAAGCCUUGAAGAAGUUGGUCUUCGUCGAGGGCUUUUUAAUUUGAAUCGUUCUUCGAAGCGGGAAUCAAAGUCUAAACUGGAAAUUUCAGCUCCUAUUCCAAUAAAAGUAGCUAGUAGUUCAGAUCUCAAUCUUACAGAUAUUGAUUCAGACACUGUUAGUAAUAGAGGAAGCAUGAUUUUUGAUUCUGAGCAGUUGAGUACUGCCAGUUCCAGUGAUGACCUCAAAAUUGAUGAAAGUAGUUUGAAGGGAUCCGUACUUCAGAGAGCAGCUUUGUUUGGUUCUCUUGCCAAACAGAAUUCGGUCCAGUUAGUGAAGAGGUUCUCUUUUUCACAAAAGAGUCGAGAAGAGAUAUCCGAAGUGUCAACUCCAUCAGAAAAUUCUGCAACUCCUUCACCACAAGUUGAAAUGAGAAAUGAAGAUUUACUAUUGGAGUACUUAGAGGAAAUGCCAAAAAAUACAUCAAAUACAUUGUCAACGGCAAGUCCUAAUUCUCUGAUUCCGGAAAUUGUGAAUAAAAGUUUUCCUGCUGAUUUACGGCUUCCUCCGGUGGUACCGCCUUUACCUACAGAACCUAGAGAGCUUGUAUUACAGAGAAGAAAUACAGGAGACUUUGGAUUCUCUUUGCGAAGAACAACUAUGCUGGACAGAGGACCUGAUGGGCAAGUGUACCGUCGAAUGGUUCAUUUUGCAGAACCUGGAGCUGGUACCAAAGAUCUGGCAUUGGGUCUGAUGCCAGGAGAUAGACUGGUGGAAAUUAACAGUAAGAAUGUUGAAAAUAGAUCACGUGAUGAAAUAGUUGAGAUGAUUCGUCAAUCUGGAGAUACUGUGAGAUUAAAAGUGCAGCCAAUCCUGGAGUUGAAUGAGCUCAGCCGAUCUUGGUUGAGAAACCAUAAAGGAAUUCGCAGAGAUACUUUUGGUCUGGAACCUGCGAUCCCACCUACCCAGAGCCUAGUUCCCUCUCAAGAUUCCUCCACUCGCUCCAACGAUCUCGCACAGGCAGGUGUCUGGGCUGGUGUCUGUGCCCGUGUGUCAUGCUGGACUAAUCAGGUGGAAGAGGUGACAACAACUGUGCUUCAGUCUUCAGCAUCUGCUUCUACUCAGCCCCAGUUGAAGACUGAGGAGCAGAUUGCUACAGAACAAGCAUGGUAUGAAGCAGACAAGGUGUGGCUGGUUCACAAAGAUGGAUUUUCUUUAGCUGCCUACAUAAAGACUGAUGGUGGCAUCUCCAACCUUCCAGAAGGUAAAGUAAGGAUAAUACUGGAUCAUGAUAGAACAAUACUUGAUGCAGAUGAAGAUGAUGUGGAAAAGGCAAAUCCACCAACCUAUGACCGAGUGGAGGAUCUUGCAUCUUUGUUGUACCUUAAUGAAUCAAAUGUUCUGCAUACAUUACGCCAACGUUAUGGGGGUAACCUGAUCCACACUUAUGCGGGAUCAAAUUUGAUAGUGGUGAAUCCCCUCAGCUCUCCUUCAAUGUAUUCUGAGAAGGUUAUGCACAUGUUUAAAGGAUUACGUAGAGAAGAUACCUCUCCACACGUAUAUGCUAUCGCGCAAGCUGCCUACCGAAAUUUGCUAACUACCAGGCAGGACCAAUCCAUUGUUCUGUUGGGCAGAAGCGGCAGUGGUAAAACUACGAAUAGCCAGCAUCUUGUUCACUAUCUGAUUACAAUUGCUGGGAGCACAGGAAAAGUUGUGACUGUGGAGAAAUGGCAGGCUGUGUAUUCUGUUUUGGAAGCCUUUGGUAAUAGCAGUACAAGUAUGAAUAGCAAUGCCACACGUUUUUCACAGAUCAUCUCACUUGACUUUGAUCAGGCUGGUCAGGUGGCUUCAGCUUCUAUUCAGACUAUGCUUUUGGAGAAACUCAGGGUGUCUAAGCGUCCAGACAAUGAAGGUGCAUUCAAUGUGUUCUACUACCUGAUGGCUGGUGCUGACAGUAGUCUCAGAACUGAGCUUCAUUUGAAUCACUUCGCAGAAAACAGUGCUUUUGGAAUUGUACCUUUAUCAAAGCCCGAAGAGAAGCAAAAGGCAGCUCAACAAUUUAAUAAACUUCAAGCUGCUAUGAAAGUGCUUGGUAUUUCAGUUGAUGAACAGAAAGCUUUUUGGCAUAUCUUGGGUGCCAUCUACCACCUGGGGGCAGCAGGAGCCACUAAAGCUGGGAGAAGACAGUUUGCCAGACAUGAAUGGGGUCAGAAAGCAGCGUAUCUACUGGGUUGCAACUUGGAAGAAUUGUCCUCUGCACUCUUUAAACACCAGUCAAAAGGUGCACUUCAGAGAUCAACUUCCUUCCGUCAAGGGUCAGAUGAAUGUGGACAAUGCGAUGGGUCAGGCCCCAAGAUAACAGCAAUGGAAUGUUUGGAAGGAAUGGCAUCCAGUUUAUAUGGCGAGCUGUUUACGUUGUUAAUCUCACUCAUUAAUAGGGCACUUAAAUCCACCCAGAAUUCACUUUGUUCAAUAAUGAUAGUGGACUCCCCUGGAUUUCAGAAUCCAAAGAACACAUCACAAGACAGGGCUGCAAGUUACGAAGAGCUCUGCCAUAAUUAUGCCCAGGAGCGUUUACAGAUGCUGUUCUAUGAGCGAACAUUUUUGAAAGAACUUGAUCGAUACAAAGAGGAAAAUAUAGAGCUUGAAUUAGAUGAUGUAGAAUCCAGUCCUUCUAUUUCUGUAGCUGCCAUAGAUCAAACCUCGCACCAGGCACUGGUUCGAACUUUGGCUAGAACUGAUGAAGCAAGAGGGUUGCUUUGGCUACUGGAUGAAGAAGCCCUACAACCUGAUGGAAAUGAAGACACGCUUUUAGAACGUCUGUUUACUUACUAUGGCCAACAAGAUGGUGACAAGAAUGGCCAGAGUCCCUUGGUAAAAAGCAACAAAGCUCAUCAUUUCAUCCUGGGACAUUAUUACAAUACUAAUUGGGUGGAGUAUGACACAACUGGCUGGCUGAAUCAUGCAAAACAGAACCCUGCAUCCCAAAAUGCUGCUUUCCUAUUACAGGAUUCACAGAAGCAUAUCAUUAGCAAUCUAUUUAUGGGCAGAGCUGGAACAGUCACAGUAUUAUCUGGUUCAAUUGCUGGCCUAGAGGGAGGAUCCCAGCUUACCUUAAGAAGAGCCACAAGUAUGAGAAAGACCUUCACCACUGGUGUAGCUGCUGUGAAGAAGAAAUCAUCUUGCAUUCAGAUUAAACUUCAAGUGGAUGCUCUUAUUGACACAAUCAAGAAGUCUAAGAUUCAUUUCAUUCAUUGCUUACUGCCAAAAACUGAUGUCUUUACUGAAACAAAGGUAUCUCCAACUCCAUCUUUCAAAUCUGGAAUCAUAGAACCUGAUACCCAAGCAGAAAACUUUGAAGCAGGUUUGAUGCAGCUGGAUGUGCCACUACUUCGAGCCCAGAUUAGAGGAUGCAAACUUCUUGAUGCCCUUAGAAUAUAUAGACAAGGUUAUCCAGAUCAUAUGGUGUUUUCUGAGUUCAGGCGACGUUUUGAUGUUCUUGCACCACAUCUAACAAAAAAACAUGGACGUAACUACAUUGUUAAAGAUGAAAAACGGGCAGUGGAAGAGCUACUGGAGUCAUUGGAUUUGGAGAAGAGCAGUUACCACAUAGGCCUUAGUCGGGUGUUUUUCAGAGCAGGAACUCUGGUUAAAUUGGAAGAACAAAGGGAUGAACAGACUAGAAGGAAUAUCACACUGUUUCAGGCAGCUUGCAGAGGAUACCUUGCAAGACAAUAUUUCAAGAAGAGAAAGGUUCAAGAACUAGCUAUUCGUUGUGUUCAGAAAAACGUCAAAAAGAACAAAGGGGUCAAGAACUGGCCGUGGUGGAAACUAUUCACUACUGUCCGGCCAUUAAUUGAGGUUCAGUUAACAGAAGAGCAAUUACGGGGCAAAGAUGAGGAAAUUCAACAGCUACGGAGCAAAAUAGAACGAGUUGAAAAGGAGCGUAAUGAGCUACGGCUAACCAGUGAUCGCUUAGAAAGCAGGCUGGGAGACCUGACAUCAGAGUUAACAGAUGAGAGAAACACUGGUGAAUCAGCAACUCAACUUCUAGAGACAGAAACUGCAGAAAGGCUACGAUUAGAGAAGGAAAUGAAGGAGUUGCAGGCCAAAUAUGAUGGAAUGAAGAAGGAAGUGGAGUCAAUGGAAAUGGAAGUGAUGGAAGCUCGGCUUAUCAAAGCAGCAGAACUAAAUGGAGAUUUGGAUGACGACGACUCUGGUGGAGAAUGGAGACUGAAAUACGAGCGUGCAAUAAGAGAGAUAGAUUUCACCAAAAAGCGAAUGCGUCAAGAAUUUGAUGAUAAACUAGAGGUUGAAUUGCAGAAUAAAAGGCAACUGGAGAGAAAAGUUUCAGAUUUACAAGCUGACAACGAAGAAAUGCAACGCAGUGUUCAGCAGUUGAAGAAAAAAUCUCAGCGUCUAACAGCAGAAUUGCAAGAUACCAAGCUGCACCUUGAAGGACAACAAGGCCGUAAUCAUGAAUUGGAGAAGAAACAGAGAAAAUUUGACAGUGAAUUGUCACAGGCACAAGAUGAAGCUCAGAGAGAGAAGAUCCAUAAGGAGAAACUAAGCAGAGAAAGAGAUGGAUUUAUAGCAGAGAUAUUCAGCUUAAAGCAACAACUAGAUGACAAGGAAUCUGAAAUUAUCACCAUCACUCAAAAGGCAGAGCGUCUAGAUGCAGAACUGCAGGAUCUCUCCUCUCAAGAAUCUAAAGAUGAAGCUUCAUUAGCAAAAGUGAAGAAGCAGGUGCGUGAAUUAGAGGCCAAAGUCAAGGACCAGGAAGAGGAGUUAGAUGAACAAGCUGGGACUAUUCAGAUGCUUGAGCAGGCCAAGCUUCGAUUGGAAAUGGAAAUGGAAAGGCACAGACAAACUCAAGUCAAGGAGAUUGAGAGUAAAGAGGAGGAGGUGGAAGAAAUUAGACAGUCUUGUCAGAAAAAGUUAAAACAAUUUGAGCUGCAGUUGGAAGAAGAAUAUGAUGAGAAACAGAAAAUUUUGAGAGAGAAGAGAGAUCUGGAGAACAAACUGUCUACAGUCACUGAGCAGGUUAGUGAACGAGAUUUUGAAACUGAAAAGAGACUGCGUAAGGAUCUUCGACGGACAAAAGCCCUUCUAGCUGAUGCACAAAUAAUGCUGGAUCACUUCAAGAAUAAUGCACCCAGCAAACGGGAAAUCGCACAGUUGAAAAACCAGCUUGAAGAGUCAGAGUUCACUUGCGCAAUAGCUGUCAAAGCUCGAAAAGCUAUGGAAGUUGAAAUGGAAGAUCUGCACCUUCAGAUUGAAGAUACCUCUAAAGCCAAAGUUUCAUUGGAAGAGCAACUAAGUCGUUUACAACGUGAGAAAAAUGAGCUGCAGAGCCGUCUUGAAGAGGAUCAGGAGGAUAUGAAUGAACUCAUGAAGAAGCACAAAGCUAUAGUUUCGCAGUCAUCUAGGGACCUAGCCCAAAUCAAUGAACUGCAGUCACAACUUGAAGAAACAAGUAAAGAGAAACAAGAACUACAAGAAAAGUUACAAGGACUUCAGAGUCAGCUGGAGUUCACAGAACAGUCCAUGGUAGAUAAAUCCUUGGUGAGCAGACAAGAAGCCAAGAUUCGUGAACUUGAAACUAAACUGGAAUUUGAGAAGACUCAGGUCAAACGUCUUGAGACCCUAGUUAGUCGUCUCAAGGAAAACCUGGAAAAGCUGGGAGAAGAAAGAGAUCAAAGGGCAGCUGCUGAAAAUCGGGAAAAGGAGCAAAAUAAGCGAUUGCAGCGGCAGCUCAGGGAUAUAAAGGAGGAACUGGGAGAACUUAGCAAGAAGGAAGCUGAAGCCAGUCGGAAAAAACAUGAGCUGGAAAUGGAUAUUGAAAGCCUUGAAGCUGCAAAUCAGAGCCUACAAUCUGAUCUUAAACUUGCUUUUAAAAGAAUUGGAGACUUGCAAGCAGCAAUUGAAGAUGAAAUGGAAAGUGAUGAAAAUGAAGAUCUUAUCAACAGUUUGCAAGAUAUGGUCGCAAAGUAUCAGAGAAGAAAGAAUAAAAUUGAGGGUGAUUCAGACACGGAUUCUGAAGUUGAUGAACGUGUUGAUGAUGUCAAAUCCUGGCUAUCAAAGAACAAGGGCUCCGCCAAAACAUAUUCCGAUGAUGGAAGCCUAAAAAGUUCAAGAUUUUCUCUUAGUUUGGACCUGAAAGAGGGAAAGGAAGGGAAAGAAUUAAAGGAAGGGAAGGAAGUGGAGGACGGUAGACCAGUUUCUGUAAUGAGUUCUCUCAGCUAUCGUAAAAGAGGGAAUAUGAAGGACUGUGUUAGUGGUAAAAGCAAUAAUGACCUCCUUCUGACAGCACUCAGUAAGGAACGGUCAAUAUCACCAGAUAGGUCAUUCCGAAAGAUAAAGAAGACCACCAGUACAGACAAUUUGACUGACAACUUCUCUGUUAUUUCUUGGAAAAAGUCCCAAGGUGUUGAAGACAUGGAUGAUAGGGGGUCUGUCAUUUCUCAGGCGUAUUCAGAGGCCACAAGUAGAGCUAGAAAAGGACUGGACAAGAGAUGGGCCAUGACCAGUCCUGAUUUUGAUAAAGCUUCUACAGUAUCAGUUCCUGUGAGUCAUAUUUCAACACGGCGAUGCUUGGAAGCUGAGGAUGAUGUCAAGUCAUCUGUGAGUUUUGCUAUAAACAGCCCUUCAUCUAGCCUGAGACGAAGUCUUUCACGACUUGAUGACAAUCAGACUGAUUUAUUCAGUCCGGUUAGCCCAUUGCUGAACCGUAAAUCAGAAGUAGGAAUGAAAAGCCCUACACUUAAUGGUCGCAUGGAUUCAAGAUUAUCUUUCCCUAAAAGUAGAUUUGGUGAGGUGGAUGAUGAUGCUGCUGUCAGUGUAGUGCUAAGUGAAAGAUCAUCAUAUAGCCACCAAUCAGGACGCAGCUAUAGUGUUCCUCCCAGACCUAGAUCUUCUGCUUCAGAUGAUAUACAACUGGAUAGUUCUAAUGUAAAACCUGUGGGCCACAGAAAUUAUUUGGAUCCCGGUUUAGAAGCUGCCAUUAAUGAAGUUCUGAAUUAUAAACCAAUUACGUUCAAAAGAACAAGUCUCGACCCAGACACUGAAGAAGAUGAGGAAAAGAUAAAUAAACAUCCAUCCAUCCCUCUAAGAUCCUCUUCUUGUCUAGAUUUCAGUAAGCCACAAAGUAAGAAAAGCAAAAGCAAAAGCAAAAAAAGCAAAAGUUCAGAUUCUGAAUCACCUGAAUCAGAAAGUGAGCAAAGAAAGAAAGGCUCCAAGAAACACUCUAAGAAGUCUAAGAAGAAAUCCAAAAAAAAGGAAAGUGACUCGGAGUCAUCAGAAUCAUCGUCCAGUUCCUCCUCUUCAGGGUCUACAGUUUCAUAUCGAAGUAUCAGACGUGGUGCAAAAAAGAGAGAAUCUAAUUCAGAAGAUGAAUUUGACAAAGAAAGCAAAGCUGAGAAGUCUGGAAAGAAAACAAAGAAAAGCAGCAAAAAUAAAAUGAAGCAAGUAGACAGUGUGAUGAUGAAGUAUUUAUACAGACCAGAAAGUGACUAGUAAAUCCCCCAUUGUAUCGUCGACACAUCUCUGUCAUGAACUCUGACGAUGAGAUGGACAAUAUUGAAGAUACCCUGAAGUCCAGGUUGUCAGCCACGUGACUGCUAAACAAUAGUGACAGUGACACCAAAACUGUGGAACAAAUGUAUAGCUAAAAAUGAUGUUGUCCACAGGUUCAUACUAACCAAAACAACUCAGCACAUGAUAUUUGAAUUUAUUGGGCUAUUACUGCAGUGAUGUUGGGUUUGGUGAGAUAAUAAAAUUAGAAGUAGGAUGAAUGAAAUAUGAGGUCUGUUGAUGCUCUAUCAUCUUGGUAAUAGUCUCGCAUGAUAUUGAUAGGUUGUAUUAAUUUGAAAUUGAAGUUCACUACAGACUUUACUAUGAUUGGUAUUUCUUACAAAUGUGGAAUCUCCUGUUUUCAUCUGCAUAAUUUGGAAGCCUGUAAAAUAUGGAGGUUUGUUUUCUUUUUCUUGAUUUGUUUUCAGUUGCUAUGGCUGAUCCUUCUUGUCAGUAUUGCUUUCAAAAUCUAAUUCAAACUUGACUUCUCUGGUUGCAGUCUAAAGCUACCACUGAAUUUUUCAUGCAAUUAUUUUUACCUGAGCCAAAGAUUAGUUUUUAUUUAUCUACUCUAGACUGGAAAAUUGACACAGAUAAGAGCAAAAUAACAGAACUCUCUGGCAGCAUAACUGCUGUUGGCAUUUCUUCCAUUAAUUGUCUCAAAUGAUGUAUGUGUGCAUAUGCUAAUACUUUUUUGAAAAUAAACAGGUUUGGUGUUGAUAGUUCACUAAAGCCUGCACUCAUACACAAUCUGUUUAUCUUAUAUCUUGAGCUCAAAAUAUAAAGUUUAAUAUCAUAUCCCCUGCAUCACACAUCAAAUCAAAUAGUUUAAAAAAAAGUUGUAUAUGUAAUCCUCUGUAGUCAAGAUUUAUAGUCUAAAGGGACAAAGUAAUUAGGAAAGGUGGGUAUUGGGAAAAGCUGACCCUUUAGAAACUAAUUUUUGUGUUCUUUUAAUGUACAGACUUUCUAUUUAUGCUUUGUUCUCUCUUCACCAUUAUGCUUGGCUAUUCAAUGGCAAAAGUGAUACAGCUCUUAAUGUCAAAGAACCUGCUGCCGUUUUAUCUUGAUUAAAUCAAAAUUCAAAUUGGAAUCAAUAAAUUGGGUUAGUUUCCCUCCACAUGAUAACAAUGCGGAAAUAGUUUAGGAAGUUGCAAGGCCUGUAAACUCAGAUGACUGUUGCCCUUAAAUACCUAAAUCAUUUUCUGUCUUUAAAGGUUGGCAGAUCACUUCUUCACAAUGGUUACUUUUGAUCUUGGAUAUUUUAUUAAAAAUCAGUUCAUGUAGUAUUAUUGUUUAUCGUUCAAAAUUAGUGACCGUUGAAAUCAAGGCUGGCACUUCAAAAUAAAGUAAUUUAAAAAUCCUUGCAUACACUCUCAUUUUUCAUCAGAUUGCAUGGAUCAUUUAAGUGACUCCUUGGAAUAUUAAGAUGUUUCUUUAUAAAGUAAUUAAAGAUAUUAUUCUGAUAGUUCUCCUUGAAUGCUCAUUGACUUGUUAUGCCAUUAGUGUUUGGAAUGACGUUUAACUUAAGAUCUACUUUCCAGUAUAUAACUGUGCACUUUUCAAGAAUGCAGACCAUAUACAUUUUACUCAGUACAGAUAACAGCAAACAGAUUGCAGUGCUGAAAGGUUUAUUAAUAUUUGUAUUAUGUUAUUAAAAUGGUACAAUUUUAUUCAGUUAGUCAUAACAUAGCACUGAUGUAUAAAAUUCUGCAUUUAAUUGGCAAAUUGGAUUAUUGUGAUAUCAGAAGUUCUGUAGUGUAGUUUCAAAGAUUUCUAAUAGUGUUAUGGAAACAGCUUUAACAGAUGAGUAAAUGUGCAAGAUGAGGAUGGAUUGAAAUUGCUUUGAAAGAAUGCAAACUUGAAAAAGAUCAUAUCGUCCUCUAUUAAGUGUACUUUUUGGUGACUAUUUAUGUGACUAAAUAAACUUAUUGGUUGUCUUACAAGUUCCCAAAUUAUUAUUUUCUUCAUUAUGACAAUUAU